AUGUCUGUGGCUCGGCUGUCCACCGAGAAUGAUAAUCUAGAGCCAAAGAAGGCUAGAAUGGAUAUUCAACCGAAACUAAGUUUUUCAAAUGAGGAUAAGAUUGGAACUAUACAGCCCCACGACAAUGCUUUGGUGGUCACGCUCAGGAUUGGUGGGUAUGACGUGAAAAGAGUGAUGGUAGACCAGGGUAGUGGUGCCGAAAUUAUGUACUCUGACUUAUACAGGGGGCUGAAUUUGAGACCCGAGGACUUGACAGCCUACAAUUCUCCUCUAGUAAGUUUUGAUGGGAAGGUAGUCAUUCCGAGGGGUCAAAUAAGACUACCCGUGCAAGCUGGUUCAGAAGUGGUGAAGGUAAAUUUCAUCAUGAUGGAUGUCUAUUCCCCCUACAUAGCCAUUGUAACUAGACUCUGGCUUCAUGCCCUGGAGGCUGUCUCUUCCACUUUGCACUAG